GAUUUUGACAGGAAGUGAGGGAGUUUGCCUUGUGCUCAUCAGGGUUUUAUGGUUGUCUAAGUUUAGAUGUUGGCUCAAAUUCAGCUUCUCAAGUAGCAAGGCUUGCGGGUCAGCACUGCCGCUCCACAUGGUGACAGAAACAGACGGAGAGCAGCUCUCUUUACAAUGAGCUUUAAGGGGGACAAUCAUGCCAGAGGUAUAAGGAUAAUUUGACUCCAGAUCCACUGAAAGAUGAAACAUGUCAACUAGCAGACAACACAUGUAAGGAGAAAGACAGUUAGGAUAUUCAACCUUACUAUUUCCUCUUCAACACAUCAGUGUCACUACCAACAAUGAAAGAUGAGGCAGAACUUACAGACCUUUCAGGAUCUUCAGUGCAGCAGAUUCCACAUUUUCUGCAAGAUGUUGUCUUCCAUGGCAAAUUUGAGCUGCUGAAGACUCUAACCCCAGAGGAAAAUGCACAUUGUCAACGCGGUCUCUACUUUCAAGAUGGUCAGCGGCAUGUGGACUAUGUUCUCACCUAUGCUUUGAAGAAAUCGUCGACGGGACGUUCUAUUCGAUACUCAACACAUUUGCUGACAGAAAAUGCUGUUGCACGCAGCCUGCGACGUAGCCAUCAUCCACCCUCUGCUGAAAAAGGUUCAUUAUCUUCACAAACCUCAACACUGUCCAAUGUUGAUCUACACUACCUAGGAGAGAACUUUAGUGGCCAAGAGGAUCAAAAAAACUUCAGAAGGGAGGAGUUUGAAGGGAAACUUCGAGAUAUGGGCCUGGAACUGGAGCUUGAUGAAGACUCCAAGAUUCCAGGCGUGGGCUUUGUGAAAAUUCAUGCUCCAUGGAAUGUUCUCUGUCGAGAAGCAGAGUUCAUGAAGCUAAAGAUGCCCACCAAAAGGGUAUAUGAAGUUAAGAAGUCAAGUGGUGUGAUAGAGAAGCUUAAUUUACUCGUCAGUAAAGUUCUUGAGCCUCUUCAUCCUCAUGUUGAGGAGCCUCAGCCAAAGAACAUCAAACACCUGUCACACACCUUUUCCAGGGAAAAGCAACACCUGUUUGAUCUUUCAGACAAAGAUUCCUUUUUUGACAGUAAAACCAGGAGCUCAAUAGUUUAUGAAAUCCUAAAAAGGAUUAAAUGCAAGGCCAAGUACAGCAUGAGUAUCACCAGUCUCUUAGGUAGUGGUGUCUAUACAGCUGCUUAUCCUCUCCACGAUGGAGAUAUUGAUGAAGAAAGUGCAGAGCCAAAUGACAGAAAACUACUGUACGAGGAGUGGGCAAACUACAGUGUCUUCUACAAGUACCAGCCCAUUGGACUUGUGAGGAAGUACUUUGGAGAGAAGAUUGGACUGUACUUUGCCUGGUUGGGACUCUACACCCAGAUGCUGAUUCCUGCUUCCCUCGUGGGAGUCAUCGUUUUUCUGUAUGGAUGUGCAACAGUUGAUGACAAUAUUCCAAGCAUGGAGAUAUGCCACGAAAAAAACAACAUCACAAUGUGUCCUUUGUGUGAUAAAGUGUGCAGCUACUGGAAGCUGAGUUCUGCUUGUGGAACUGCAAGAGCCAGUCACUUAUUCGACAACCCAGCAACCGUAUUCUUCUCUAUAUUCAUGGCUCUUUGGGCUGCCAUGUUCAUGGAGCAUUGGAAGAGGAGGCAAAUGAGACUUAAUUAUGAAUGGGACCUGACUGGAUUUGAAGACGAGGAGGAAGCGCUCAAGGACCAUCCCAGAGCUGAGUAUGAAUUCCAAGUCAUGAAGAAGUCUUUAAGCAGAGAUCACAAAACACAAUAUAAGAUGGAAAAGCUGACAUGUCGAGAUCGCCUUCCUGCCUACAUGACAAAUGUUGUCACAAUGUUGUUGAUGAUGGGUGUUACGUUUGCCAUUGUUUUUGGUGUGAUCAUAUACCGGAUCUCCACAAAAGCUGCUCUUCAUAUGAGCUCCAAUCCAGUGACACGGAACCAUGUACAACUUACAGUCAAAACAACAGCAGCCAUUAUCAACCUUGUGGUCAUCCUUAUACUAGAUGAGGUGUAUGGAGCUGUGGCACGAUGGCUUACUGUUUUAGAGGUUCCAAAAACUGACAAGAAUUUUGAGGAGAGACUCAUAUUCAAGACUUUCAUUCUGAAGUUUGUCAAUGCUUUCACACCAAUUAUCUACAUUGCUUUCUUCAGGGGAAGGCUGGUUGGCCGACCAGGCAACUAUUUGUAUGUGUUUGAAUCCUACAGAAUGGAAGAGUGUACUCAUGGAGGCUGUCUGAUGGAGUUGUGCAUUCAGCUGAGUAUCACCAUGUUGGGGAAGCAGCUAAUUCAGAACAACCUUUUUGAGAUUGGAAUACCCAAGCUAAAGAAGCUUAUUCGCUACAUCCAGUCAAAGCAAGGCACUUUUCAAGAGGAAGAAAGGCAGAAGAAGUUGCAGAGAUAUGAAAUGGACCGCUUCCUGGAGCCAUUUUCAGGGUUAACACCUGAAUAUAUGGAAAUGAUAAUCCAGUUUGGUUUUGUCACAUUAUUUGUGGCAUCCUUCCCAUUGGCUCCAUUGUUUGCUCUGCUCAACAACAUAAUUGAAAUACGACUUGAUGCAAAGAAGUUUGUGACUGAGUUGCGAAGACCAGUGGCGGCAAGAGCCAAAGACAUUGGUAUAUGGUACAAUAUCCUAAGAGGAGUUGCCAAAGUGGCUGUCAUUAUCAACGCAUUUGUCAUCUCCUUCACCUCAGACUUCAUCCCUCGGAUGGUGUACCAGUACAUGUACAGCCCCGAUGGUACCAUGCAUGGAUUUGUCAAUCAUACCCUCUCAUAUUUUAAUGUCAGCAACUUCCAGGAUGGGAAAGAGCCCAUGGAUCUCAUGCAACUUGGCUAUGCAGUUGAGAUAUGCAGAUACAAGGACUACAGAGAACCACCUUGGUCAACAACUCCGUAUGAGAUUUCAAAGGAAUUCUGGGCAGUACUAGCUAUUCGGCUGGCCUUUGUAAUUAUUUUCCAGAAUGUUGUCAUGUUGAUGAAUGACCUUGUGGACUGGCUAAUACCAGACAUCCCAAAAGACAUCAGCCUCCAGAUCCACAAGGAGAAGAUUUUAUUGGUCGAUCUAUUCAUGAAAGAAGAGCAAGUGAAGAGCAUCAACCUUGAGAACAGUGCCUCUGCCACGAGCAAGCACAGCAGGAACAACAACACAACACAACAGAUCUAUUUUUUCUCACAAAUUCACACAUGACACAAUUUGCAAUGAAAUUAUUGGCGUCUAAGGCUGGGUACACACAUAGAGAAUCAGGCUGUUUUUGUCAAAAUUUUGCCCAUUCCCAACCAAGUACGUCUUAGUGUCUUGGGUGUUAUAAGAUUGUCCCAAAAGAUUAUUCUUCUGUUUGCAAGUAGAUUUGUCCCAAUAAUAGGGUCCACAUUGGGUCAGUUUGACAAUCUUAAAUAAUAAACGUUUUCAAUAAUUGCAACCGAAAAUCUUCCCGCGAAUGGAAAAAGCAAACAUUUUCUAGAGUCACUGAGUCCAUGAACUGUGACGUGAACAGAAUGUAUCCAAUGAAAGAAGCUACAAUAAAUAAAACAAAAUGUGUCCGACCAUAUACUUGCAUAGCAGUGAGCUUCCCAGACAGCAAGAAGUAUUUUCCAAAGCAAUUUGUUUCUUGACAACAUAGCCAUUUUAAAUAGCUUCCGCCUCAGGUCCUUUCUGGUAACACGCAGGUAGAAAUGGUGCAUAUCCGGGAGUGUCUGUUCUUUGUUUUGGUGAAAUCCCUUGUGAACAAGCUAGAGUUCUGUUUCUUUCUAAACCGGUGGUGGAAGAGAAUCUUAACAUGUGGUGCUCUGUGUAGAAUUAUCAGUGCUUACCACACACGAUAUGACCAAAGUGUCAGAUUUUUUUAAUCUUUACGUUUGAAGUCUAACAGAUAAACAAUCUUGUAAGAUUUGAAAAAAGAAUUGUGUGUACCGGGCCUUAAUUGCCAAAAUAAUUCUAAACAUUCCAAUGGUUAAGAGAGCUGUGUGAGCAAUAUAAAUCGAAAGAUGUCAUAUUAAAAUUGUGUGGACAUUCUCAAUACUAAAGCAUAUGCUGUUUUGAGAAUGUGCCUAAGAAAUGUAUUUGAGUAUGUAACAUUCCAUUUAAUGUCAUUAAUGUCAUCUAUGUACUGUACAUCACUUUUGCAUCAAAUCCACAACCAGUUGGCAAGUUUUUCUCAAUAUGAUUUUAACAGCGAUCGAAGAAACAUCAGUUUAAAUAUAGCCAAAGAAGGAUAUGUUUUGAGAAACUUGGUCGGGAAACAUCAGUUAUGAAUAUGUCCAAAGAAGGAUAUAGUUUUGAGAAACUUGGUAGGGGACGUCCAUCCAUACAUCCAUUUUCUUAAUUGGUUCUCCUCACAAGGGUCGCGGGUGUGCUGCAACCUAUCUGAGCUGACUGCGGGCAGUUUUGGUUUUGAGAAACUUGGUCGGGAAGCAUCAGUUAUGAAUACGUCCAAAGGAUAUAGUUUUGAGAAACUUGGUAGGGGACGUCCAUUCAUACAUCCAUUUUCUUAAUUGCUUCUCCUCAUGAGGGUCGCGGGCGUGCUGCAACCUAUCUGAGCUGACUGCGGGCAGUAGGCGAGGGACACCCUGAACUGGAUUCCAGUCCUUCGCAGUGGUGGGAAAACAAUUUUUCAGUUGAUCUUCAAAUCGUAGAAUUAUUUUUGGGCAAAACUCUUCAGGUGAAUGGUGCUGUGUUUUUGUGUACACCUUUAGAACUGUAUCAGACUGGGCAACCAAGUACAGAGCGACAGACUUUAUUGAGGAUAGGGAAAGGGGAGGUGUAGUGCUGGAGCUCUAGCUGGGUUGAGGUGAUGGUGUAAUCGGAGCGUGACUGGCGGCCGGAAUCGGCGGCGGCGCCGUGGGACACUCGCUACGUUAUGCUGGGGUGGUGAUGGACAGGAGUCGACCUGGUGGAGAGAGCAGCAGACCGAGCUCGCAGCAGGAUGGGGCGCUGGGUAUGAUCGUGGUCAGGGGCAGGCAGAAAGUCGGGACGGGUGGCGAUCAGAGCGUGGUCAUAAACGAGCAAUGGGCCAGGACCAACGGCAGGCAAGGCAAGACAGGUCAG